AUGAGGCCGUCUCAGCUCCUCGCUGCCGUGGUGGCCAUGUCGUCGGUUACGCAUGCCAUGAACGUCAAGCAUGCAUUCGACAACAUUAAUGGGUUGACUGAUGUCAAGAACGUGCUCAUGGGACGUCAGGAUAACAACAACAAUAACAACAACGACAACGCUUCCGACGCACCCGCCAGCACACAGCCCGCGAAGACAUCCGCAGCGGACAAACCCACCGAGACGGGCGGCAACAACAACAACGAUAACAACGACAAUAACAACAACGACGACAACAAGUCCUCCGGCACCGCAAAGGAAACCGCCAGCGGCACCCAAAAGCCCAGCGGCUCCAAGACCACCGGCAAGGGCUCAAAGUCCACCAGCUUCGACGCCCGCCUUCCCGCCGGUGGCCUCACAAUGGUGACCCCCAACGCCCUCGCCGGAACACAAUUCUACAAAGUCGGCGACUGGGUAACUUUCGCCUGGAACUACACCUCCCUCUCCGUGACCCCCUCGGCCAUCGACGUCCUUGCCUCCUGCACCGCCAACCAAGCCACCUACACCAUCGCCGUCAACAUCUCCGCAAAGCAAACCGAGGUUCUCUGGGAUACCAAGCACACGCCUGAUGGCCAGGCACCGUUCUUGACCGAGAACUACAAGUUGCUCAUCUACGACUCGGAUCUUAGCGCUACUGCUGCGCCGAGGCCCGGAUAUCUUGGAGCCUUCACUGGCUUCACUUUUGGCAUGUACCUGCCGCAAGAGUACAUUUCGCUCAAGGAUGGAUACACUUGCCCUAACUGCAACGGCGCGCUUUCGCUUUCUGAGAAGAAGACACUUGCUGCUAUGCUGCUUACUACUGGUACGACGAUUGGCUCUAUGCUUUACUUCACGUACCAGUUUGGUGUCUGGUAG